AAGAAGUAGGCCUACUGAAGGAAGCAGGUGAGUUCUACAAACACUCAGUGGAACUUACGCUGCGGAAAUGAGCCUUCCCGACCUAAAAUCUCCUCACAUAAAACUUAGGCCGUCGUCUCCUGGUGUGCAGUUGCCAUCAGUUGUACAACUGAACAUUGGAGGCCAUGUAUACAGCACCACCGUUGGUACCCUUAGGAAGAUCCCAAAUUCCAAACUGUAUGAAAUGUUCAGUGGUCCCUCCAAGCCUAAGACCGAUGCAGAGGGACGAUACUUCAUUGACCGGGAUGGCACAUAUUUCGGACUAAUCCUUGAAUACCUGCGAACCCAAGCUGUGCCCACCCGUCACGUGCAAGAGGUACGUCGUGAGGCCGUCUUCUAUGAGCUGAAGCCUCUGGUCAAGGUGCUGGACGAGACGCCGCAGCUCUUUGGUGAGGCUGUGGGGAGGCAGCAGUUCCUGUCCCGGGUCCCCAACUACCAAGAGAAUCUGGAGAUCAUCAUCCGAGUGGCUCGGGCUGAAGCCAUCGCUGCUCGCUACUCCACCAUUAUGGUGUGUGUGCUGAGGUCUGAGGAGGACCUGUCACGGUACAGAGAUGCCAUGAGCAGCCUGAACACAGAAAAAGAGUCGGUGGUGACCUUCGGGCCCUGGAAGGCCCCGGCCUCCGUUGAGGACCUGUUGGACUGCAUCAAAAUGGACAUUGAGGCCAAAGGUUAUAGAGUAUCAUUUGAGCCUCACAACACUGACAAAGGUUUCCUAUUCAAGAGCUACGACUAUUUUUACAAGCUGAAUUUCAAGUGGUGGUGAAUGGUGAUUCAGCUCUGCUGACAGUAGUUAACAGCUACAUGGCCAUGAGCUCUGAAUGGUUACUUUAAUGUUACGUUGAGACUAGGUCAAUACAUGAAGUGUGUCAGCUUAGAGAUUAUACUUUGUUAUUACAUCUUUAAACUAACUGUUCAUUUUAAAACUAUUUUUCAAUAACAACCUCUUUGUUUUAA